GUCCCGCCCACGGCAUCUCCUUUGGCUGCCGUCUCCAUUGUUAGCACCUCUGCUGCCGCCCCUGUGGCCGGCAGCCGGGUAUUUGCCCUUACCCGGAGGAGCCCUCCGAUUUAAUGGAGAAGUCCUACGCGUCGACGAGCUCUGGCGAUCUCGGCGUCAUGGCGGGCGGCGGGGGGAGGCCGGUGCGGGUUAUACCGCUGCGGCAUCCGCUGGAGGCGGUAGCUGGGAGGUCGGCCCCCUCCUCGCCCUCGUGGUUGUCGGUGAUGGUGGAGAAGGCGCGGGGAAUGGGACCGCGGGAUUGGGCGGAGGCGGCUCUGCCCUGCUUGUCGUGGAUGCGGAGGUACAAGUGGAAGGAGGAUCUGCAGGCCGACCUCGCUGCUGGCAUCACCGUCGGCGUCAUGCUUGUGCCCCAAGGAAUGUCAUAUGCAAAGCUGGCUGGGCUUCACCCAAUAUAUGGGCUAUACACAGGCUUUUUGCCUCUAUUCGUAUAUGCAAUUUUUGGGUCAUCGCGACAAUUGGCGGUUGGUCCAGUGGCUCUUGUCUCUCUUCUAGUUUCUAAUGUCCUUGGUAGUAUUGUUGAUUCAUCCAGUGAGCUGUACACAGAAUUAGCCAUAUUAUUGGCAUUCAUGGUUGGGAUAUUAGAAUGCUUGAUGGGAUUGCUAAGGCUUGGUUGGAUUAUUCGAUUCAUUAGCCAUUCUGUCAUAUCUGGCUUCACUACAGCUUCAGCUAUUGUAAUUGGUUUGUCACAGAUCAAGUAUUUCUUGGGCUACAGUGUUACAAGAAGCAGCAAAAUUAUACCACUUAUCGAGAGUAUAAUUGGAGGAAUAGAUCAGUUCUCCUGGCCACCAUUUGUAAUGGGAUCAACUUUUUUCGCUAUUCUUCUCACAAUGAAAAACCUAGGAAAAUCAAAUAAAAGAUUGCGUUUCCUAAGAGCUUCUGGUCCCCUUACAGCAGUUGUGCUUGGAACAAUUUUUGUAAAAGUUUUCCAUCCGUCUUCCAUAUCAGUGGUAGGUGAAAUACCACAAGGCCUUCCCAAGUUCUCCAUUCCUCGAGGAUUUGAGCAUCUGUGGUCCCUAAUGCCAACUGCAAUACUUAUCACUGGUGUUGCCAUUUUGGAAUCUGUUGGAAUUGCUAAAGCUUUGGCUGCGAAGAAUGGCUAUGAGUUGGACCCCAAUAAGGAGUUAUUUGGGCUUGGUAUAGCGAACAUAUGUGGUUCAUUUUUCUCUUCAUAUCCUGCUACAGGCUCCUUUUCUAGGUCAGCUGUGAAUCAUGAAAGUGGGGCAAAAUCUGGUUUAUCUGGAAUCAUAAUGGGCAUAAUAAUUGGUGGUGCUCUUUUGUUUAUGACACCAUUGUUUACAGAUAUACCUCAGUGUGCCUUGGCUGCAAUUGUGAUUUCUGCUGUCACUAGUCUGGUAGACUACGAGGAGGCUAUAUUCUUGUGGAGUAUUGACAAGAAGGAUUUCUUUCUAUGGGCAAUCACAUUCAUUACAACAUUAACUUUUGGUAUUGAGAUUGGUGUUCUUGUUGGGGUUGGAUUCUCAUUGGCCUUUGUAAUCCAUGAGUCAGCAAAUCCUCAUAUAGCUGUAUUGGGCCGUUUACCUGGCACCACUGUGUACCGGAAUACACUGCAAUACCCUGAGGCUUAUACAUACAACGGGAUAGUUGUUGUUCGAAUUGAUGCACCUAUUUACUUUGCGAACAUAAGCUACAUAAAAGACAGGUUGCGUGAAUACGAGCUUAAUCUCCCAAAUUCAAAUCGAGGACCUGAUGUUGGAAGAGUGUACUUUGUGAUCCUUGAGAUGUCCCCUGUUACAUACAUCGAUUCAAGUGCUGUUCAGGCUCUCAAGGACUUGUAUCAAGAAUACAAAGAUCGCUAUAUCCAGAUUGCUAUAGCAAACCCAAACCGGCAGGUACACCUGCUGCUUUCAAGGUCGGGCAUCAUCGACAUGAUUGGUGCUGGGUGGUGCUUCGUGCGAGUGCAUGACGCUGUGCAAGUAUGCCUCCAGAAGGUGCAGAGCUCAUCAUCAGGUUCCAUGAAGCUGUCGCCACAGGCAUCAGGGGACUUGGCCGACUCAAUUGCCACUCCAAAGGCUCAACGGCGGUAUGGUUUCCUUAGGAACCUCUGGAAAUCACAGAAUGGAAACGGGAGUACAGGCAGUGAGGUUCAACCAUUGCUUCGCCAAAACCUUGUGUAACAUUAUUGCCGACUACCUCUCUAGUAUCGGUCUGCCUGUUUAUAUUUGCUAUACUUGCAUGCGUACAGUGUAAAGGAAGAAAAAGAGUAUGCUUUUUAUCCUCUUGCAGUUUUAUAUAGAGAGAGGAAUUUGGAUGGGGUUGUAAGUGGUCAGUAUGUGCUCUGCCCGGACAUUGAUUAUAUGUACAAUUUCGAUGUGGAAUAUGAUGUGCACUCAACGGAGCCACGAUUUGGCUAGCGUGAAGAGUUCAAACUCUCAAAAAUUCUUGUGUUACUCGUAAGUCUUUGUGUGUACAUUUUCCUAAGCAUGUAAUAAUAGUCACUUUCUGUA